AUGAGUAAGAAAUUAAAUCCUUUGCUAUCAAAAUUUAGAAAUUUAGGAAACAAUGAAAUAAAUUCACUGGAAGAUGGAGCAUUUACCGAUUUGGCAUCUCUAGUAGUUUUAUACCUAGCUAUCAACAAUAUUACUCAUGUUAAGAAUGAUUCCUUCGCUGGAUUACCAAAGUUAAGGCAAUUAAAUAUUGGAUUUAACAAUAUCCUUGCAUUAGGGGAAGGAAAAUUGAAUUUAUCCAAUCUGACGGUAUUGAAUAUCGUCAAUGGGCAGCUUACAGCUAUUAAGAAAAGAGAUUUAAUUGGUAUUUCAACUAUACAGAAACUAAACCUAAAUACCAAUCAAUUGAACGUUAUUUAUGCACAAAACUUUCAUAAUUUAGCAUCACUAUCUAACCUAGAUUUAAGGCAUAACACUAUACGAAAUAUAACUAGAAACACAUUUUUCGGUUUACGUGGACUGCAUAUACUAACUCUAACCGAAAAUUGUAUUAAGAUCAUCUAUGAGGAUGCAUUUAUUGCGCUGGAAAACCUGACAUCCUUGUAUGUAACUGACAUAAUAGAAUAA